AUGAGUUCGCCGGCGCCGUACUUCUCGUCUGACGCCUCUCGUCAGAAUAUCUUUCUGGCGGCUCCGCCGGCAGGUCCGUCUGCCACCCUGGGUACGGGAACCUCUAAGGCGACUGCUGGUCAAUCGUCUGGUCUCGCUGGACGGCCGGAAGAUGCGGAUGCCGCCGCAAUUCUCCAGCUGCAUCUGCAGCUGAGUCAGGAACUCCAGCGGUCGCCCGUUACCGACGGGGACAUUUUUCGCGCGCUGAAGAAGCUCGCGCGGAAUUCAGGAAGCGAGACCCCUGGCGGCAGCGGCCUGUCUCCCGCAUUUCUGGAUACCGCACAGCAAGGCGCCACGCAGACGGAAGGCAAUUUCCCUCCCCCGCCCCCUGGCGAGGACGUGUACACCCAGCAUCUGCGCUCCGGAAGCAACCACAGUAUGAGGGGAAGCGAGGGGAAGCGGGGGCCCUCUUUGUCGAACCAGAACGCGUCCCUUGGAUCGCCAGGAGUCUUCGCAGGCGGGAGCGGCCUCGGGGGGCGGAAUGCGAGCGCGGCGCCCCACAGCCUGUCUUCGCUGAGCUUUCAGGGCACCCCGCCGGUGUCUGCGCCAAGCACGCCUCGCGGGAGCAGCUGGCGCUGUCGCUUUUGCUCCUCGUUGAAUGCGGGGACUGGCCUUGGCCGGUGCAUGUGCUGCGGCAGACAGAAUCAGAAGCGCGGGGGUGCGAAGGGCAGCGCUGCUCAGGGCGUGGGUCAGACAGGAAGCGGCUCCGUCCAGAACCUCCAGAUCCAGCAGCUCCGCCGAGACGUGCUCCUCGCCGCCGUGACCGCCGCUGCAGCGGCAGCUGAGAAGCGCUCGGACAAGAAGGAGGCGAAGCGCGCCGCUGCAGCGGUCUCGGCUGUAGCCACAGCGAUGGCGGAGUCCCGUCAGCAGCUGCUUGCGGAGAACCACGGCGCUGCCCCGUACUUCUCCGGAAGGGUUGGCGGCUCUGCCCCGAGCGGGCUGUCCUCUGACUCAGCUUCCGGGACGCUCUACGAGGACAGAGCCGCUGCGGCAGCAGUGGCCGCAGCGUCGCUCUUGCCGGGGCUUCUCGGGAGCCUCGAAGCGAGCAGUGGGAGCGCGGGGACUCCAGGCGGCAGCGGGCAGUCGCCGGCCACGAGUUUGACUUCCCUCGAGGAUGGGGGCGGGAGUACAUUGUUUUCUUCUCUCACAUCCUUUGAAAGUGACGGCGGCUGCGUGACGCGCGCGGGUCUUAUUCCCGAGCUGGGGGGCCUUAAGGGGACCCGCCAUUUGCCGGCUUUCGACGAGCAGUCGACGCCCGGGCGCCACUUCCUGGGAGACUCGAGCUCGACGGGCAUGAGACAGAGUGUCGGGAGCCUGGAAGGCGGCAGCACGCCGGGGACGUUCUCGCUGCUGGAAUCGAACGCGUACGGAGUCGACUUCAGUGUUUUCCAGGAACUCGCGACCGCGCCGCAGUCCACGUUGUUCACGGAUGACGUCACGCCUGCCGACAGCCUGUCGCUGGCCAGCGACUGCCGCAGUCCGUCCGGUGCGACGCCUUCCUCGAUCGUCAGCGGCCGCAGCAGCUUCUGCAACUCCGGCCUCGCCGCCGGUGUGAGCUCAGUUGGAGGGGGCCGCGACAGCAGCGGGAACUCGAGCACGAACGCCAGCACCCCAACCACAGGGGCGAACGUGAUCGGCAGCGGGCGAGGGACUGGGCGAACGGCGAACGGAGCUGGGUCGGUCUCCGGCGCCGGGUCCUCUGUGACGCCGGGUGUGGCUGGCACAAGCGUGGGGCUGUCUUUGGGCGCUUGUGGCGUUCCGAAGGAUGGAAGGAACUCGGUAAAUCGGCUCCAGGAAGGGGCAGGAAGGCCGCGGAACAGCAGCGCGGUGGUGGACGCGAAACGGACCGAGGCUGCCGGAUUCUCGGGUCCUGCGAUCUCGUUUGGGAGCGGUCCUGAAAAUUCCGGAGCGGGUUCAUUGAACGCAGCCACGCCGAGCACCCAGAGCUCCCUUCCCCAGCACGUUCAGACUAGUCGGAACUCCGCCAACCUUCUUAUGAAGGGAGACACAAGCACCAGUAGCUGCGCAAGUUUCCUACAGUCUGCAGCAUCCUCGCCCUCGGCCAUGGAGGGCGACGAGUCUCCUGUCAGUGCUCUCCUGGAAGGUUUGGGCCUCUCGACUGCGAAUGCGCCAGGAAUUGACGCGCUGCUUCCUUCCGUCCUCUCUCCUAUUCAGGUUCUUCUUUUAAAGGCGAAGGAGGUGGCAGACCGCCUCGUGGGCGACUUCCAAGUGCUGGGGUACAACGAUCCAACGGCGAAGGCCGCAGAGGCGCUGCGCACCUCGCUUGCGAUUCUGGGCUUCGCGCCGCCCCCGCACAGCCUCGGUGGCCCCGAGGAAGAUUCUGCUGAAUCUGCGGGAGCUCGCAGCGGCCAGGCGGGAAAGGAAAAACAACGCGAGGCCGGACAGGGCCGAGAGAACGACGACGACAGGAAGCCGAAGAACGCCAACUGGAUACAGGGUAUUGGUGGCCCCCACUUUUCUGCACCUACGAUGCUGGCGCAUCCGGACGAGUUCAAGAACCCGAGCAGCUUUCUGAAGAUCUACGGGGAUCCCAUGUGUGCCGUCGCCGAUGCGUCGGCGCCUCAAACGGGGGGCCGACAGCCGGGCCCUGGAGGCCGCUCGCUGCCUGGAACCUGUGGGCGGGUCGACGGCGCCUCGGCAAGCACGAGCGGUAGUUUGCCGAUUCGCGGCCACAACGGGAACUGGGUCUGUGAGAGUUGCUCGAAUGUGAAUUUCCCGCGGCGCUUCCGGUGCAACAAAUGCGGCGCCGUGCGCGGCCCCCAGGGAGACGCGAUCGUCGCAGAGUACGCCAAGCUUGUGUACCACCAGCAUGUGAAGGCGUACAGAAAUCUCGCCUCUCGUCCGGGCGUGGAUCUGCCGCUGAAGCGCCUGCAGAGCGGGGGUGGAAACGCGAGCACAGGUGCGGCGCAUGCCCUCCAGAAAGGCGCAAGUCGGUUCGCGGUCGGGACGGGAAACAACUUGCAGGGCCACGACGCCGCCUUCAGUCCGAAUGGGGGUUGUGUUGGAGGCUCCGCGAGAGUCUUGGCGGCCGUUACAGAGGCGGCCAGCCUGAAUCUCUCCAGUGUGCAGACUCGUCAGGUGGCACUGCCCGCUGCGGACUCCCGCAAGCCUGCGAUUCCGCAACCGCCGAGCACAAAUCCGAACCUGAACGGUGGCGUUCCUCACGGGGACACGAGUCGGCAAGGAAUGAAUUUCCCGGCGAUUUUCCUGCCCGUGGUAUCGGGCGCAAACGGGGUUCCGGCGCCGCCGCCUCCGACCGUCCAGCCCCCCGUGCCGCCGGGUGCACGAACAUCCGGGAAGGCAUCAGAGGCAACGGUGGGUCGAGUGCUGCCUGGCGCAAAAGGCGUUUCGCCCGUCCAAAAGUCGGUCGUGGACGAAAAGAAGGGCGCGAAGAAGGCGUCGAAUUCGGAGUGGCCAGCGUCGGACAAAGCCGGAAGCGGAAAGGGAGAGCCGCAAGGAAAUGCCGACAAGCGCGAGGCGUUUGAAGCUGAGGCCGCGCAAGAGGAACUCGAGAACGACAGCGAAAAUCCCGCGUCUGGCGAAGACGCAUGCUCUUCUCUGGAGGUUGCGAACUCUGGAAGCGAUCAGGUAGCAGUGAGCGGAAAACCGUCUGUGACAUCAACUACGUCGGGUCCAGUUUCGGCAGUCUCGUCACCGCGCACAGACGGCGGGAACUCGCCUGUCAACUUAGGCGACAGCAACGAAGCGACACCGUGA